CUGAGGGAGGCUUAACUGACUGAGGUACCCAGGCACCCCUGUACUUUUUAUUUUUUUAAUUCUGUCCUGCUUAAAACUGUGACCUUACGCUUUUGGUUCAAAUUUCUUUCAGAACACUCCCAUCAGUGACAUUUCUGCCUCAUUCCCUAAUUUGAGGUGUAGUCUAAGGCUCAGUUUUCCACCCUGUUUACUUGCUCUCAGGUCUCAUCCACUGUUGUGGUGCUAAGAUGCUCAAGAAAUGCUUAGUGAGUACUUAGUGUGCAGAGAGUGGGCAGGCAUAGCAAUACCCUAAAUUGUCUUCUGUCCUGACUUCAAAACCCUCUAGUCUACAUGAAAAGGAAAUCUAGACUUGUGUCACGGUGAUUGGGGGCUCCGUCAUAAAAUAACUGAACCAAUUCACUGUUUUUGGAGGUGUAACUGGCAAAACCACAGUGGGACUUAUGCAUUAAACCAAAGUUUUGAAUCUCAGGUCACAGGUCUAAGAUCUUCAGCUGCUGACAGAACGUUGUUUGAAAAUGCCAUAAUUCCCUCAGUCAACAUAAUAAAAUCCAUCUGAUUUUUUCACCUCCCCCUUCAACUGUUUACCUUCAUCAGUCACAAGAGCCUGUCCAGUUUUCCUUUACAGUCACUGCCACUAUAUUAAUCCAGGCUUUCAUCACCUGGGACCUGGGACUAUUCUAUUAGUCUCCUAAUUUGAGUCCCUGCCUCCAGCUCCAAGGGAAUCCAUAUUACUUGUCUCAAAAUACAAUCUUCAUCUUAUUGCAUCCCUACUCAUAAUUUUCAUUAACUCCCAAUUACCUGCAGAGUUGAACUGGUAUUCCCAAUCUGUAUCCGGCCUCCUUAAUUCAUGGUAUGGGAAGUGCCAGGGGGCCUACUAGGCAGUCGGGCCCUUCCUUCUGAGACACCACCUAUCUUGCCGCUGCAAGGUAUGACACCUAUAUCUCGUGUCCCUGAAACCCUCCAGGAAGUUCCUGGUCUACAGUACCUAGCCCCCUGCAUGCCUAUACCUUUUAAUUAGUUCAGCCAACAGCUUUUGGCCACCAGUUGUUGCUGGGGUGUAGUGUGUUGCCAUUAUUUACGGCCUCGAUUGCUAUUUACCUUUUCAAUUAGGAUUCCACUGAGAGCUUCUGGAGCUAGUACCAGGUCUUCUCCACUUCAACAAAUAAUUAGUAUUUUCCCUUUUCGCGGGGGCUGUUCCCGGAGCCUGGCUCAAAUUGAAUAGGGCAGAACUUAGUAGUCGCAGGAUCUGACCCACAUGGCAGAAAUGCGCAAUCACAGGACAGGUGAGGGAGCCCGGAGAAAAAGCGAGAAUCCUAUUACAUCCUUCGCCGGUCGGCCCGCUUCUCGACCCCAAGCUCCGCGCGCGCGGUGCCCUGCCAGGACUACUUUUGGCCUUCGGCAGCCGCCGUCCACAGCGCCCAGUCGAGCCCAAAGGCCCUCGGAGGAGAUCGGCUCUGGCUGCGCCGCGCUACCCUGACCUGGGCUCCCGGAGCAGGUUUCUGUUUUCAGUAGGCUGAGGGCCAUGUCAGUUUUCUGCCACACACAGGACCGGCCAUGAAGCUAAAGGAACUUGAACGGCCAGCUGUCCAAGCAUGGAGCCCAGCCAGCCAGUACCCUGUGUAUCUGGCCACAGGAACAUCUGCCCAGCAGCUAGAUGCCUCCUUUAGCACAAAUGGCACAUUGGAAAUCUUUGAGAUUGAUUUCAGGGACCCCUCUUUGGACUUGAAACACAAGGGAGUCCUUUCUGCCUCAAGCAGGUUUUACAAGCUGAUCUGGGGGAACAUUGGCGAUGGGCUUCUGGAAGGCUCCGGGGUCAUUGCAGGUGGCGGGGACAAUGGCAUGCUUACUCUGUACAGUGUGGCCCACAUCCUGUCUCCCGGGAAGGAGCCUGUGAUUGCCCAGAGACAGAAGCACACGGGGGCUGUCAGAGCCCUUGACUUUAAUCCUUUCCAGGGCAACCUCCUGGCCUCGGGAGCCAGUGAUUCUGAAAUCUUUAUUUGGGAUUUGAAUAACCUAAAUGUGCCAAGGACCCCAGGAUCUAAGUCACAGCAGCCUCCAGAAGACAUCAAGGCACUCGCUUGGAACCGGCAAGUUCAACACAUUCUGUCUUCUGCUCACCCCAGCGGCAAGGCAGUUGUGUGGGAUCUCAGGAAGAAUGAACCUAUCAUCAAAGUCAGCGAUCAUAGCAACAGGAUGCACAGCUCAGGCCUGGCCUGGCACCCAGACAUAGCCACCCAAUUGGUGCUGUGUUCAGAAGAUGAUCGUUUUCCAGUGAUUCAGCUGUGGGAUUUGCGCUUUGCCUCCUCGCCCCUGAAGGUGCUGGAGAGCCACAGUAGGGGGAUCUUGUCAGUGUCGUGGAGCCAGGCUGAUGCUGAGCUUCUGCUCAGUAGUGCCAAGGACAACCAGAUCUUGUGCUGGAACCUGGGGAGCAAUGAGGUAGUGUAUAAGCUGCCCACACAGAGCAGCUGGUGCUUUGAUGUGCAGUGGUGCCCUCGGGACCCUCCAGUGUUCUCUGCUGCCUCCUUUGACGGCUGGAUAAGAUUGUACUCCGUGAUGGGUAGGAGCUGGGAAGUCCAGCAGAUGAGACAGGCUGACAAGAUCUCUUCUUUCUUCAGCAAAGGCCAGCCUCUCCCACCGCUGCAGGUACCAGAGCAAGGGGCCCAAGCAUCAUUGAUACCUCCUCUAAAAAACCCCCCCAAAUGGUUGAGAAGGCCAGCAGGUGUUUCAUUUGCUUUUGGAGGGAAGCUGGUUACCUUUGGCCUCCCCAGCACCCCUGCCCAUCAGAUGCCACAGCCUUGCCUCCGCCUAGUCUUCAUCAGUCAAGUCAUCACAGAAUCUGAAUUACUGAGGCGGUCAGCUGAGCUGCAGGAGGCCCUGGAAUCAGGAAAUCUUCUGAAUUAUUGUCAGAACAAGAUCGAACAAACAUCACUGCAAAGUGAAAAGAUGCUCUGGCAAUUCCUGAAGGUGACCUUAGAGGAAGACUCCAGAAUGAAAUUUCUAAAACUAUUAGGAUACAGUAAAGAUGAGUUCCAGAAGAAGGUGGCCGCGGGUUUGAAGAGUGACUUGGGGCUGGGCGAGACCCCUCAAGGGAGGCCCAAGGGAGAUGAUCUCCACAGUAACAGACAGCAGGCUUUCUGCAGCCAGACCUCCGAACACAUCACAGAGGAAGCCUCUGCCUCCUCAUCCUUCUUUGAUGAGCUGGUCCCUCAGAAUAUGACUCCAUGGGAGAUCCCCAUCACAGAAGGUACUCUGAUCCUGAGGGAGAGAAACGCUCUAUGUGGGAGUAGGUGGGCUCAGAGUUCUUGGACUUGAGAACAUUUUCUUCUUGUCCCCUGCCUCCUGCCUCCCUCCCACCAUCACAAAUGCUGAGUGGUUCUGUUACUGGUUAGAGCUCUCUCUGGAUUUUUAUGGAUAUGUCUUUCCUGUGGAAGGCCUUCUAGCAAGAUUUUUUUUUUCUACUGUUUUCUUACUUAAAACACUGUGAUUCGGGGCG